AUGUCUUCAGUUUAUUUCUGUCUGCUAUUCCUGGCGCUUUGCUGCAUGAUAGUUGGGGUUCUUACUUUGCAAGAUCAGCCUGGUCGAGAUCAUGACCAAGGCCGUUAUCUGGAAUUCAAGUCCUCAAAAACAUUUGACAGUGAACGUCUAAAAAACCACUUGAUUCGUGAAGUUGACGUCAGGGACAGAGAGUUCUGUGGGGUCCUAUGUUACAUGGAGCCCAAUUGUAUCAGUUAUAAUCUUGAAAAAGAACCAAGUGCCAACAACGAAAUGCACAAAUGUGAAUUGAAUAAUUCUACUCAUGAGGGACACGAAGUGGACCUGGUGAAAAGCCCAAGUUUUGUCUACCAAGGAGCUAAGAGCGCUUGUGUUAGGAACCCCUGCAAGAACAAUUCUACUUGUCAAAGUGGCUUUACUGCCAAAGAUUUUUGUUGUUUGUGUGCUGAUGGAUUUAACGGUCAGAUAUGUGACAAAGAUGUGGAUGAGUGUGCCAAAGAAACAGAUGAUUGCAGUGCUGCUGCCAUCUGCAAAAAUACCCACGGAUCAUACGACUGUGCGUGUAAACCUGGAUAUUCUGGCGAUGGAUGGUCAUGCAUGGACGAUGAUGAGUGUGUUUUAGGAGAACGUACCUGCAGCGCUGAUGCUCUGUGUACCAACACCAAGGGAUCCUACAACUGUAAAUGUAAACCUGGAUAUUCUGGCGACGGAUGGUCUUGCAUGGAUAUAAACGAGUGUACUGAGAGACUAUCCAACUGCAGUACUGAUGCUGUAUGCAACAAUACCAAGGGAGCGUACAACUGUUCAUGUAAACCUGGAUAUUCUGGAGAUGGACAAACGUGUGAAGUCUCAACCUGCCAGGAAAUGUACGAAACGUCCACCUUUCCAAGGAGUGGGCUGGUUAUACUAUAUAUCGACUCAAAGCCAACUUCAGUUUUCUGUCACAUGGGGGAUUUUGGAUGUGGGAAUGGUGGAUGGACGCCGAUUAUGAAGAUCAACGGUUCAAAGCAAAAUUUUAAUUACCAUUCUGAACUUUGGAAUAACACGGACAGCUUUAAUCUUCCGGGAGGAGAGACUGGAUUUGAUUCACAAGAAACCAAAUUACCGACCUACUGGGACACACCCUUCUCCAAGAUCUGUCUUGGGAUGAGGAUCGGAAAUGUGACAAAUUUUAUUGUCAUAGAGAAACAGGCGAAUUCUCUAUUCUCGCUAAUUGCUGACGGGCAGCAUCGUCAAACCACUCUAGGUCGUGACCUGUGGAAGUCUCUGAUUGGUUCAGAGGGCUCCUUGCAGUUGACCUGUAACAUGGAGGGUUUCAACACCGCAUGUGGCAAGCAUCGCGCAAGAAUCGGCAUCCUAAGUAACAAUGAAAAACACUGCGGGUCCUGUUAUUCCAAAAUUGGUUUCGGAAUGAGUCGAGAGAAUAUUUGUGGAAACAAAGCAAAACAUGAAGGAGACAACGGAGAUAAGAACAUAAAAGUCAUGGGAUAUAUCCUUGUUAGGUAA